UGUGGACAUACCAUUAGCUAUUAAAUUGCUCACUGUCAUUAUUUAAAAUGCUCGUACACAUUACACAAGGUAGCAACCCGAUUGGAGGCAAGUCUAGAGAAAAGAUUCACGUCUUUCUGUACCCCGUUCUUCUGAAUACCCCCUCCCUUUUUUGGCGACGUCUACCGAAGCGAAAGGGUUAAUUGAAGUUGGAAUUUCAUUGCACAUCUGUCAGAUUUUAAAGCUCGUGACGUACUGAAACGAGCAAGCGUGCGAGCAGGAGAAGAGAGGAGAGAAAGAGUUGGUGGGGAAAUCGAUGAAGUGGCAGAAUGAGAGAGACGGAGGUUGAAAAUCUCUUGAGAGAAUGAAAGAGAAAGAGAAAAGGAGAUAGGGAAAUAGGAGCGAGGCUAUCAGUUUUCAGAAGAGGAGCAAAGGACGGGGUCGGAAAGCAUCGUCUGGCCAGCAGUCGAUUGUGGCCUCUCAUUUCAAUAGAUUUAGCGUCUCCAGUACAUCUGCUCUUCAAAACCCACGACUGACCAAUUGUGUGGCGCUGCGCGAACGAGCUGGCUGGAGAAGGGACACGCAGGACACAGAUCCAGACAACGAGGAGCUAAAAAUGUGUAAUUGAUCGAGAACAGCGACCUAUUUGCUAGCAUUUUGGAAUACGCGAACUUUUAUGCAGCUAUAUUAUUAUUUAAAAAAACAAACAAACAAAAAAAAAGAAGAUAAAUCUGUGCAUCUUCGGCUACUGUGUCAAACACGACCAUCGCACGUCGCCUCUGUUGUGAGUGACAAGAGACUGGCGUGAUGGACUGACCAUUGAACAGAUUCUAUUGUAAAUAAUUGAUCUACCCGACCAGAACCCAAGAGAUAAUUUGAUUAAUAAUCAAUAAAUACUGGACGGAAGAGGCAUCAAAAAUCAGGUUUGUUGUCGACAAACCAGCAAAAGUUGUUAAGAGGAGAAAAAUUUUGUAUUUUCAUCAGAAAUGGAUGGACAUAUUGGAGAGAUGUCUAUCCAGAGCCAUACCGAGCUCAUGCACACGCAGGAUGGGAGAGCAAUGCUGCAUUCUCGUGACCUCUCUGCUGCCUUCCCAAGGCCCUCUUUGGGGGGGUCCGCUAUGACCCUUGAGGCCCCUGAACACCGACCUCUUGGGCUGGACCAUUCCUUGUCUGCGCUUGGCUAUGGAGGGGAUUCGCCAACAAGCUGUGGUAGCACCUACACCACACUGACACCCCUACAACCUCUGGAGGACAAAUUUCACCACCACCACCAUCACCAUCACCAUCCUUGCUUGCCAGUCAGCAAUGUCAUUGGGAGCUUCACACUCAUGCGGGAGGACAGGGGACUUGGUGGUAACUUCUAUAACCCUUACAGCAAAGAUCUCGGAAUGCCACAAAGCCUCUCUCCACCGUCUGCAGGGUCUGGGCUUGGAGCAGCCAUGCACGGGUAUGGUAGCCUGGGCAACAGUUCUAAUUCUGCAGGAGGACAGAUGCUUCCAGGGGGGUAUGAGGUCCACAUUGGGAGUGGCGGAGGCAAUAUAUUUUGCAGGACAACAGAUUUUGGACGAGAAAUGUCUCCUCUGGAGUUUGGGGACUCAGCCAUUGGCCAUCAGAUAAACAAGAUGGAGGUGCCUCAGCAUGGGCACAGUCAUCACUCUCACAGUUACAGCCAUCAUUACCAACCUCACCACCAAAGCCAGCUGUCCUCCAAAGUAGGGGACCUCCAUUCUGGCUCUUCUCCCAAUGACAGCCUGCUGCACGGCUCUCAGAGCAGUGGAGGGUGUGGAGAGGAAAUAAACACAAAGGAAGUGGCACAGAGGAUCAUCACAGAGCUGAAGAGGUACAGCAUCCCACAGGCCAUCUUUGCUGAGAGGGUGCUGUGCAGAUCACAAGGCACCCUCUCCGAUCUUCUGAGGAAUCCCAAACCAUGGGGGAAACUCAAGUCUGGCCGUGAGACCUUCAAGAGAAUGUCCAGGUGGCUUCAGGAGCCAGAGUUCCAGAGAAUGGCAUCACUGCGGUUAGAAGCCUGCAAGCGGAAGGAGCAGGAGCAGAGCAAACUGGAGCGGAACCAGGGCCCCAAGAGGACCCGGCUGGUGUUCACAGACCUCCAGCGCCGCACUCUCAUGGCCAUCUUCCGGGAGAACCAUCGGCCAGCCAAGGACCUGCAGGUCACCAUCUCCCAGCAGCUGGGCCUGGAGCUCUCCACCGUCAGCAACUUCUUCAUGAACGCUCGCCGCCGCAACGUGAACAGAUGGGCAGACGAGGGCCGCCCCUCCUCAACAGGUUCCUCCGGCUCCAGCGUGUCAUCCUCGGCUGUGUCUUGCAGCACGGCCUGAUGGGAGAGGCUUAGGAAGUAAAUGGACAAGGAGUGGGACCUGGAUGCACAAGCGGCCAAUAAACAAUCUCACUCCUGACCAAGGACUAGGAAAGGGGUAUAGGAUAGGGGUGAGGGUGGGGGUGGGGGAGGGUGUGUCUCUAUUUGAUCAAUUUAUUUUUAUUUUUGAAGAUGAUCUCAACACAUUUCCACUCUUCCUUGAAGGGUGCUGCCAAGGAACGCAAGAGGUUUGAUCUCCAUAAAUGUUUUUAAAUAGACGUGGCCCUAGUUUGUAGACAUAUGAUGGGGGUAAAUUGAUUUGCUCAUGACUUUAAAAAGCAUUAGCCCUACCUUCUACCCACAGGGUUUCCAGAUUAUUUAAUCUGGAGUAAGUUACAAAAGUGGAUCGACAACCCUUUUAACUGGCCUCUGUGGCUGGUGUUGUGCCGUUGCUUCACAUUGUGUAGUAAAUGACACUCCUCUCGGCUAGUGACUUUUUCAUGACAUUGUAUCCUUACCAAACCUAUUGACCUCUGCAGCAUCUGAAAUAUGGGUUAUGGAUACUGCAGGCUUCAACAAACUGCUGGAUAGCUUGCCUCUGUGGAAAAGGGACAUGCAGUCAGAUCCAGUGCUUCUUCUGAAAGCAUGUCGGUGGACAGCUCCUUGUUUUACUCCAUCUAGACUAGUCAAGAGACAUGCAACUUCCUAAUAUGAAUCAAACCAGUAGUUAAGAAAUCUUUCUCCACGAUAUAGUGAGGGUUCAGCUAAAGAACCAGGAGCUUUAUAAGGCAAGUGAAAAAUACUGUUGGUUACAUUUGCUGCUAAGUCCAAAGUGGGAAUGAUCUUCUCACUUUGAACCUAGACAAUGUUUGACUUGGUGAAGGAAGAUGUGGAGCCAUGUUGGCCCUGCAUGAAAAAUGUCAAUAUGAAGGAACCAUAUGACAUUACUUAUAGUAUGAUGUAAUACUGAAAUUUUGGUGUAGGUGCUUUUUCUUCUCUUAUUUGAAAAUGAUGAAAAGGAUGCUCAUUAUACCAUUUUUUUACAGGAAGUAUUGGGGAAAUGGAGGGAAAGGGUCCCUUCUGUCCUUUUGUACAAAUUUCAAGCACACAAAUUAAAGGAUGGCUCUUAAAAAAUGUUAGACAUUUAGGGGCCAUAGUGUUCCACAAAAGUCGUUUUUGCUCCACAGAGGAAGAUUUUAAACAUGUGUCCUCAUUUCUAGUGUCAAUACUAAGCUUUGUGGAAUUGUAAAUCCAAUCAAUGUAAUUACAUCAAUUAUUUAUUUUCUCUUCCUCUAUUUAUUUAUUAAUUUAUUUACCAAUCAAUGUAAUUAUUCAUUUUGAUGCUUUCUAUGUCUGUGUGAUAUUAUUGAAUUUAAAUAUUUUCCAAUGGGAGCUUUUAGCUGUAGAGUCCCAUUGUUAUACCAAAGAUGAAGAUCACUUCCCCUGAAUGUACCCUUUGACCCUUACCCAACCCCAUCUUUACCCUACCAAGUGAUGUAAAAAUAUGUAUUUCUUGUUCAGGCCAUUUUAAUGUAGAGUAAUGGGAAUUUCUUUGCUGUUGGUGAAUGUCUCUUGGGUUGGGCCCUAUUCAGAGGCUUGUCUUGUUUGAAUGUUUUGAGGAAUGACAUUUCACACACAGGCUGCUUGUAAAUGGUAUCCAAAUAUCAGCCAGCAAAAGUGCCAGAGUUCUCAGAAGAGGAGAACUUGCUAAACUGUUUGAGUUUGUGGCAAAAUGUUGUGCAGCGUUUCAAAGAUGUGGAGAGGGGACGUGGAAUCUAGAGUUAGCAUAAGCGUUUCCAUGAAGAGCUACACUUCAUCUCUCUCCUUUCUCAAUUUGCCAUCUGCAAGUGCAAAGGUAUAUAAAUACAGUAUGCAGGUAAAUAUAUUUUACAAGGAUUUAUCUGUCAUAUGUUUUUAAAAAGUUUCAUUUUGGCACUGUUGUAUGCUAGUCAAGUUCUUGUCACACGAUGUGCAGAAAUCCCCUGACAAAAGUGCCCAUAGAACAGUCAAUUUACCAUAAACUAAAUGUUAUGAAAAACUUUAUUAAUCCUAUAGAACAGUUGCCUGUAGUAGAGAACAUAUUUGUACCUGUAGACAUGGAAAUGAAAGCUUGUGGCUCCAUAAUGUUCAUUUGCUCCUAGUUCACUUCCACGAAUACACUGACUCAAGUCACUGUGUCACAGUUUGCAUUUGAGAAUGGAUGUUUCUGAGGAAAUGCACUGGGGUGCUCGCAAUCCCAUUGUUCCCCUCCUUCCUAUUGUGAAUUCAUGAUCGUGCUUACAGUCAACGUAAUCCCGUCUUCUUCCUGUUUCUCAGUUCCCUGGUCACAUGUUUGGCGGCCGUGCCCUUUUCACUGUGUCCAGACGAGCUGGCCCUCGGUCUUUAACCUUCAGAGGGCGUGUUGUGGAUCUUUCUCGCAGCACUGGCUUUAAAGGCAGACCAUGAAAGGGGCCAUCGACUUUUUGUAGACUUCAAAGUGCACGGAGGACUGUUUUUUUUUUUUUUUCUAGCAGUCUCCUCUGUACGUGUCUGGUCUGAGGCCUGCUCCUGUCCAGACUCUGAGGCCUCAGGCAUUCAAAGGGGCAGAGAUCAGAGAAGAGGGUGAAUUCUCAGAGAGAUGAGGAGGGGGGGGGGCAUGUUUGUGUAGGGAGGGUGAAUUAAAGUUUAAUAGCCAACAAUUGUAAGCAUGCUGCGCGCAGGGAGGGUUCUGCAUUGUCGUCUCGAUGCAGGGAGAACAUUAGACACCUGCUGUAGAUGUGCUUGUCCGCUGCGGUUUCCACAUAAUGCAGUUUUUAAGAGGCUCCAGUUUCUGUAUGUUCUUCGGUUUGUCAGGCACUCUAUGCCGCUCACCUUUUCGAUGAUAAAAAUGAAGGCAAUUAAUCACAGCUAAAACCAGUGACCUAGCACUAUCGCUGAUUCUGGGAUAGUAGUCUGCAAAAAUACGUCACGUCUGGCAAGGUCACAAAAGCAUUUAGGAACAGAAAAAUCAAUAUUGCUAAAGGGAGCAUUGUUAAAUGUUUCCACCCUCAAGGCGCUUUAAGGUUUUGCCUGUGACAAACCAUUAAUCGAAUUGUUCAGAUUUCCCACUAAAUUAUGAGUCUAGACGUAUAUGGAGAUAAAGUAAUGCUUAAUCCUUUUGCUGCUGUGUAUCAUGUGAACAGAAUGCAGCUCCAGUGGGCAGCGAAGGCCUGCUCUGCAGAGUGGGCGCAGUCGGUACCUCCAGGCUCAGAACCAGUUUAUGGAAAACAAUGGUGCCCCCUUGUGGAUCACACAGGGACACAAUCUAGACACACUACCCAAACUGUUUGACUAAUCCACAUGACAGGCAUCAGAAAGUAAAUAUCACCUCAUAUAUUCUAGUAUAUCACAUUUUGGCAAAAACAAAAUACUUCCCUGGUUUUCCCAUCAAUCCUAUACAACCUUGAGUGAACAUACAAUGGGAUAAGAGACUUUCUUUCCUGAAGCAUCUCAAUUUUCUUUAACCAGAACUGGCUACCGAUGUCAGUGGGCUGGUGUGAACUGCAGGAACUGAGAAAUUGUCAGAAGACGUUGACUUAUCAUAGAAUAAAGUAGCCCCUGUGUCUCCUGUCUACCUCAACUGUAAAGAUGUGUGGCCCACACAUCACAGAACCAAAGAUUCAACCUAGCCAGUGUGGCUGGCCCCCUACCCUUCCAAAUGCUGGAAUCAAUCCCCUCAGCAUAUUGCCAAAUCCCCUUCCUGUCAGUCAUGUUGGGGAAGUACAUUUCACCAUGUACACUUAAGACAUUAAAAUUAAGACCAAAUGGAAGUGACAAUCCAAGUAGUUUCUGAUACACAAGGUUGCUUAUUCCUGGCACUCAGAGGGACCCAGAGCAACUUCAUAGAAUUCAAGAGCUCAUUGCAGAAUUCACUACCUGUACAUUUAUUACCCUUUAAAACUGAAAACCUGGUAGCCUUCUCAUUGGACAUGGACGAAUGUGGCUAACUAACCAAAGGCUUAAAGCAACUAAUCAGAGCAUUUUUGUACCAACAAAAUGAAAUUCCUUUGAAUACCUCAUGUGAAUUUGUCUUGUGUUGCACUAUUAAAAGACCUGUACAUUUAAAGUGUCAUCUUUCCUUCUCCAAAAGCAAUUUCCAAAUUAAAAUGAUUGCCAUGUACAA